UCCUCAAGAAAAAAAAUCUGACGAUGAUCAUUUUUCCCAAGAUAACAAGGUUUGUUCAAAAAUAAAAAAUGAAAAGGCGGGUUUACCGGGAACCGUUCCACCGCCCAACCAAACAGGCAAACGCCGCAAGCGACGGAAACAACAGCAGCAAAUGGAGGCCACGUCUGUUGGAUUUCGUUUCGGCCUUGGACUAUUCCGUGGUGAAAUCGGCCUCCGAAAAGGCGUUCCGGUCACUUCCGGAUAUCUCGAAGGCCAUCUCUGAUCUCACGGUUCUCAAGGGCGUGGGUCCGGCCACCGCCUCCGCCGUUGUCGCAGCUUAUGCGCCCGAGGUGGCGCCUUUCAUGUCCGACGAGGCUAUGGUUGCAGCUCUUGGAAACUCCGUAGACUUAAGCAGUACCUGUUAUUCCGCAAAUUGUAAAUUCUGGAAAAGCACUUAAAAGUGCUUUAUGAAAGAAACACAUAAUUGGUGUUUCUCGUAGAAAUCACUUAAAUGCUUUUGGAAUUCAAAAAUAUUUUUUCUAAAAGCGCUUUCAGUCAUUUUAAAAGCAUGUCCAAACGAGUGCAGGAGAAAGCAAAGGUCAGUCAGUUUCUUCCAGAUUUGUUUUACAUCGAAAAUUACUUAGACGAUUGUUGUAUUGCUAGUACAUGAGUUAAACCGUGCGCAUACUGUUCGAAUAGAACCCUUGAUUCCGUAUUCUUUUAGGUGAUUGUUUCCUGUUGUAUAUUACGUAUUUCAUUGUCGUAGUUAGUGUAUGUUUCCUACCGUAAUGUAAUGUGAUGCGGUGUGGGGCAAAAGUUCUCUAUUGCGGCAGUUGUAUACGGUUCCCUUUCCUAUUUACCCGUUAUGUGCUGCUCGUGCGAUGAGAUGAUUAUGAGAGGGCGCAUAUACAAUCUUCUCGAUUUGAAGACUUUCUCGGGCCUUAUUAUUCAUCCUCAUGACCCGCAAAACUGUCAUCACAUUAACUGUAGGCAUUCGUUAUAACGGUUGAGUGUGCGGUGUUCAAUUAUAAUGUUCAAUGUAAGAAAAUUUGUAUGAUCUGUUCAUUUCAUUUAGCAUGUUGUUAAGCAGAGUCGACUUUUGGUCAUGCAAGUGCCUUGUAUUUCAAGUCAAUCAUACAAGUGAUUGAGCUGAUGGAGCUUUACAUUUACAUGGAUUUUGCUCCACUUUUAAAUAUCUGUUGGAAAUAUCUGCAGGACUUGAGCAUAGAAGGUGAGACCUUCACCCCAUCAGAUGUAGAGAGAGCUCUGUGGAGUUGUGCUGUUGGGGCCAAGUUAUCUUCACAAAAAGUACCAGACCCCAAAAGUGAUACAAGUAAAAACUCCAAGCGGAAGAGAAA